UCUGAACAAGAGAGACAGAGCGCAGCUUACAGCCAUGGGUGAGGAUUGGUCUUCUUCGCUCCUCUCCUCUGUUCACUCAGUUUCCCUCUCUCACGCCUUACAAUGAACCAAAAUCUCAACCUCUUCUUCUCAGAAGAAGAUGGUACCACCGUAUGCGCUUGAUGCUCUUUAUUGCUCUGAGGAGCACUGGGAGGAGGACGACAACGAGGAAAGGGGUUUUGACCACCAACCUUACUCUACUUUAACAACCGAUUCAACUUCUCCGAUUUUGGCUGAGCAGGAUCUGUUUUGGGAUGACCAUGAACUAAUUUCUCUGCUUUCAAAAGAGAGGCCUAAUGAACUGUUUAAAAGCAUUCAGAUUGACCCUUCUCUUGCUGCCGCCCGACGACGUGCCGUCGACUGGAUGCUGAAGAUCAGUGCCCAUUACUCCUUCUCUGCUCUCACUGCGGUUCUCGCCGUCGAUUACUUCGACCGGUUUCUGUCCUGUUUUCAUUUUCAAACAGACAAGCCGUGGAUGUCUCAGCUUGCUGCUGUUGCCUGUAUCUCUCUUGCUGCCAAAGUGGAGGAGACCCAAGUCCCUCUUUUAUUGGACCUACAAGUGGAAGACAGUAGAUAUCUGUUUGAAACCAAGACCAUCAAGAAGAUGGAGCUUCUUGUGCUCUCUACGCUUGAAUGGCGAAUGAAUCCUGUCACCCCAUUUUCAUUUGUGGAUUAUAUCUCAAGGAGACUGGGAUUCAAGGACCAUAUCUGCAGGGAAAUCCUUAGGCAGUGUGAACGAACUGUUCUCUCGGUUAUCCUAGACUCAGAUUUCAUGUCGUUUCUUCCUUCUGUAAUGGCCACCGCCACAAUGCUGCACGCUUUUAAAGCUAUGGAGCCCCACUUCGGCGUCGAAUACGAUUCCCAGCUUCUUACCAUCCUCGGAAUCGAGAAGGGCAAUGUGGAAGAAUGCUGUAAGCUGAUCUCAGAUGCAUCUAGAAGAAACGGCAAUCAAUUUAAGAAACGUAAAUUCGGGUCAAUUCCGGGCAGCCCGAACGGCGUGAUAGACGUGUCAUUCAGCUCCGAUAGCUCGAAUGAGUCAUGGUCAGUGGCCUCGUCGGAUUCAUCUUCGCCAGAGCCUUCAACGAAGAAGAACAGAGCAAUGGAUCAUCUGCCACUGGAGAUGGCGAACCAUUCAACAGCUACAAAUUGCCUCGACAUGUCCUCGCCUGAACCCUCUCUUAAUUAACUUCCCUUUGUUCUUUUUCCUCGUAAUCCUUGUAUGUUGAAUAAGAAUUAGAAUCAAUAUUUGAUCGAAUUCUGCAAGUUAAAUUGCCUAACCAUCUCUGCAGUUUAGGCCCCAAAAUUGUUUAUCAAUCUGCCAGUUAUUAUGAAGGAAUGUGCAAUCGGAAGCUUAAGGAAACGCA